AUGACACCACGAGGACAUUACCACAAGAUAUCUUUGUCUCCAUUGUCAGCAAUAUAUGAAUUCCGUUUCUUUAUUGUCUUAUCUACUACUUCAGAAACUUUCACAUUUCGAACAAUGACCCAAAUCGCCAAAGUCACCGUAUAUAAAAGACAAAAUACAGCUAAAGAUUUGAACCUGACUUACGGGCCUUGGCAAAUCCACUUUAGCUGCGUCUACAAAAUAGAGCCGGAUUUGAUGGGGACUCUGGGAAACAAGGAGGUAGAAUUGCCUGGUCAAGGUGUGACGGUCAGCCAGCUGCAAGGUGACCAGUACUAUCUGAAGCCAACGCAGAGUUUUAUUUCUCUAACACCUGGAGGCAGGAGGAAAAUUAAACUCAAGAUUGGCUAUGUCUCAGUCGCGAGAACAGAUACAAUGCCCAACUGGUAUAUAACUUUGCCAAACCUAAAGCCGGAGGUGCUAGCCAACACGAAGGGAAACCUGCUGGAUUUUGUGACUGCUAGAACAACAGUUCAACAGUGGAAGCGUUUUGGCUCAGAUGACUACAAUCCAUGGACUGUUCAGGUGAGUAAUAAUUACAUUAAAGUUAACAAAACUGUCCAACACUGGACUGCAAGUAACUUCCUAACUGUCCGGGACAAACUUGGCAUACCUUCAGCGCCUAGUUCAACUUCCACCAGCAAUAUCAUUGAUUUGAGCCUGGGUGAAGUGAAUGCCACAGCAGCCAAUGUGACCUUCAAUAACAGCCAAGAUGCUUACUCGCUGAGUGUCAAUGCAACAAGCCACAGGAUUGAAGUGGUGGGACAAGCAGCUUCUGGUGUUUUCUAUGGAGUGGUCACGCUUCUCAGUUUGCUGGUAAUUAUAUUGCCAGAAUGCAUCAUCACUGAUGCACCAAGGUUCCCUUACAGAGGUCUUAUGUUGGACAUCGCUCGAAACUUUCACCCUAAGGAAGACAUCUUGAAUAUCAUUAAGCUGAUGUCCAGCUACAAACUGAAUCGGCUCCAUCUCCAUUUGUCUGAUGAUGAAGGCUGGAGAAUCAACAUUCCACAGCUGCCAGAGUUGACAACGUUAGGGUCCCAAAGAUGUUACGACCCCACAGAGACCAAGUGCCUAAUGCCUCAGCUGGGUUCUGGUCCUAACCAAGCAGGACCCCCUGGCAGUGGCUUCCUGACCUCAGCGGAUUACAUUGAGAUACUGCGGCUGGCAAAUGCCCACCAUGUGACGGUCAUACCAGAAAUUGAAAUGCCGGGACAUGGGAGGGCAGCUAUUUUGUCAAUGAAGCUUAGGAACAGCACACAAGGAAGUGGUGGUGUGAGCACAGUCUUGGCUGAAGCAAAUGAUCCAUCAGAAUACACUUCCCCCCAGAUGUAUUCUGACAAUGCUAUCAACCCAUGUCUGGAGUCCACCUACAAUUUUGUCAAUAUUAUCAUGACUGAGGUAUUUGUUCAUCGUCAACAGCCAUUGAAAAUAUUCCAUUUUGGUGGUGAUGAGGUUGGUAAAGGUGCCUGGGUGAACUCCUCACGCUGCCAGCAAUUGAUAGCAUCAACUACUUUACCUGGAGGCUCUUUGAAAGGGUACUUUUUUCAGGUAAAUUUAGUAGCAGAGCUAGCAGCAAAUAAAAGUUUAUCUCUCGCUGCCUGGGAGGAUGGCCUAAUGGACAGUGAAGACAAUCCAUUCAACUUGUCUACCUCGCCUGUAAAAGAUGUCCUAACUAAUGCCUGGAACAAUGUAUGGCAGCCAGGCACAGUGUCUCGUACUUACAAAUUUGCAGAACAUGGAUACAAAGUUAUUUUAUCUCAUGCAACCCAUCUGUACUUUGAUCACCCUGAUGAACCUGAUCCAGAGGAGAGGGGAAACUAUUGGGCAACAAGAUUUACAGCCUUGGCAGAUCGAGCUUGGCACAAAGCAUCAUGGGAAAGUUUGCCUAAGGGAGAUGAGCGAAACAAGCAGCAGAAGGAAGACUGGUUUUCAUUUGCCAGAGCAGUUGGUUACAGGGAACUGCCGAGACUGGAACAGCAGAAUGUCACAUACAGAAUUCCACCUCCCGGUGCUGAAUUGUCCAGGGUUGAGUCUUUUUGGAGAGCCUUUACAGACGUUUCUGGAGAGCUAUUACAUGAGUUUGCAUAG